AUGCUUCGGACAUACACCCAACUCGCCCGUCGCUCUGCCGUUUUUGCUAUCAACACUCGUCUUGUACCCGUUCAACGUGUCAGAAUGUCCACAGUCAUCACGCACUCGUCCAUCACCAAGAUCUCGACUUCCGAGGCGCCAGCGGCCAUUGGGCCUUACAGCCAGGCUGUAACACUUGACGGACUUGUGUUUGUAUCGGGAUGCUUGGGCUUUGAUCCCAAGACUAUGAACUUCGUCGAGGGCGGUGUAGAGGCUCAAGCGCGCCAGGCGCUCACGAACCUCAAGGCCGUCCUCGAAGCGGCUGGAAGUGAGAUGGGCAAGGUCGCGAAAGUGACAGUGUUCAUGAAGGAUAUGAACGACUUCGUGGCUGUUAACAAGAUCUACGAGGCCGUCUUCGGAGAGCACAAGCCUGCACGGUCUGCUGUCGAGGUUGCGCGUCUGCCAAAAGACGCGCUGGUGGAGAUUGAGGCUAUCGCCAAGUCGGCUUGA